AUGGACACACAAGCAGGAAUAUCUCAGAAGGACAUCUAAUGUUAUCCCCGGAUUGUGACAUAAAAGAUAAUGACAGUAGACAGGAUUCUCCAGGAGCUAACCCCAUUACCCCAAUUAUACAUCCAGCUCUAUCAGCUGGUCCCUCUGAUCCUGGGAAAUGUUCUCCUGAUCACUCUGAUAUUGGUGCAUCUGUUACAGCUCUGACAGUAGAUACAGAGUUUCCCUGUGCUAUAGAUGCCAAAUGUUUUACACAGAACACAAAGCCUAUUAACCCACACACAGGUAAGGCAGGUGAGAGGCCACUGAUAUGUACUGAGUGUGAGAAAUGUUUUACAUACAAAUCAGAUCUUGUUAUACAUCAGAGAAGUCACACAGGUGAGAAGCCAUUUCCAUGUUCUGAGUGUGGAAAAUGUUUUGCAAGCAAAUCAGAUCUUAUUAAACAUCAGAGAAGUCACACAGGUGAGAAGCCAUUUUCAUGUUCUGAGUGUGGGAAAUGUUUUACACGGAAAUCAUAUCUUGUUACACAUCAGCGAACUCACACAGGUGAGAAGCCAUUUCUUUGCUCUGAGUGUGGGAAAGGUUUUGCAAACAAAUCAGAUCUUGUUAAACAUCAGAGAAGUCACACAGGUGAGAAGCCAUUUCCAUGUUCUGAGUGUGGGAAAUGUUUUACACGGAAAUCAUAUCUUGGUACACACCAGCAAACUCACACAGGUGAGAAGCCAUUUCUAUGCUCUGAGUGUGGGAAAUGUUUUGCAAACAAAUCAAAUCUUGUUAUACAUCACAGAAGUCACACAGGUGAGAAGCUGUUUUCUUGCUCUGAGUGUGGGAAAUGUUUUACACAAAAACCACAUCUUGUUAUACAUCACAGAAGUCACACAGGUGAGAACCCAUUUCCAUGUUCUGAGUGUGGGAAAGGUUUUGCACACAAAUCACAUCUUGUUAAACACCAGAGAAGUCACACAGGUGAGAAGCCAUUUUCUUGCUCUGAGUGUGGGAAAUGUUAUACACAAAAAUCACAUCUUGUUAGACAUCAGCGAACUCACACAGGUGAGAGGCCAUUUCCAUACUCUGAGAAAUAAAUCAGCUCUUGUUGCACACAAUAGACAUCACUCAGUUGAGGAACCAUUUUAAUCUUCUGGAGUAUACUCAUCAUUGCCAUGUGUUGUUCUUCAAGGUUCUUAUCCUAUCUCCUAUGCUUUUUGCAAUAUACAUGCUACCACUGGGUAAAAUAAUCAGAUGUCAUGCCCUCAUCUACCACUGCUAUGCAGAUCACCUGUCUUUUGCUCCAGGUAUUGAGAACCCAGUACCAAUCCUAAAUGGUCUCGCUGAGCUCCAGGUGUGGGUGAUGCCAGUUGGCUGUGACUCAGUCCUGGUGAAACAGGUCUAUAUGGUAAAAGCUCACCAACAAAGAUCAGGGCUACAGCUCAGCUUUGCAAACUAACCAGACUUUUGCUUGGGGGUUCAGAUUUACAAAAUGUUGAUCAUGUGUGGAAUCUUGGUGUAAUGGAUGGUGUAGUGACACUUACACAUCAGGUAUCAGCCACAAUCAGAUCCUCAUCUGAGGAACAUAGCCAGACUCCAGCACUUAUUUCCCUCAGAAGAUCUACCUACAGUCAUACAUACAAUGCCACGGCCACAGGGCGCUGUAUAAAAGUGACCCCCGGCUGUGGCAUUAUCUGUCCAGCUAGUGGAGCCCGGUGCUGGUACAAAAAAUACGUGUGACCUGUAUUUUUUGCACCAGGACCAGGCGCAGAGCCCGGUGCUGGUUGUUAAAAUACAGGGGAUCCCCUGUCCUUUUUUCACCGUAUUUUGGCAACCAGGACCGGCCCAAAGAGCCCAAAGCUGGUUAUGCUUAGGAGGGGGGACCCCACGCAAUUUUUUUCCGGGUUUUUUCCCGUUUUUUUAAACAUUUUUAAAAAUCUAAUCAAAAUCCGUCAAAUCGCCCGUUUUUUGACAGCGGGACUGUCAAAUUCAUUUUUUAUUGAAUAUGUCGAAUUCCGACGGUCGAAUUGUGUCGAAUUUAAAAAUGGGUGAAAAUGUGCCGCAAUUCGCCCGGAAUUGCAUAUACCCCAUAGACUACUGCAAUGUCCUCUACCUGGGUCUCCCAGCAAAAGAAUAGCACCGCUUGUAGCUUGUACAGAAUGCAGCAGCCGGGCUGUUACCUAACCAGCCCGUUCCUGCCACAUAACACCCAUUCUCUGCUCCCUUCACCGGCUGCCUGUAAGAUGGUGACUCUAUUACAUAAUCUUACUGACUCUCCCAGCCCUACAUGACCAGGGUCCAUGGUACCAGAAGCAACUUCUACCUCCUUACUGCCCUGCUUGCUUACUUCCAUCUGCAGAUGAAGGACUGUUACCAGCAGUACCAAGAAUCCCCAAGCACUGCUGAGAGGUCAGGAGGAAGACAGGGUGGUGGCACUAGUGCUGUAGCGGGGGCUGCCGGAGGCACUGUCUGUGGGUAAUAUUGUCCCCAAGCAGCGCUAAGGUGUCAGAGGGGAGACAGGGCAGUGGUAGUAGUGGGGGAGGAC